GACAACCACCGCCCAACCACCCCGUCCUUUGAUCCUCAGUCGCCAAAAUGGGUCGCGUUCGCACCAAGACCGUCAAGAAGUCCGCCAAGGUCAUCAUUGAGCGGUACUACCCCAAGCUCACCCUGGACUUCGAGACCAACAAGCGCAUUUGCGAUGAGAUCGCCAUCAUCGCCUCUAAGCGCCUCCGCAACAAGAUUGCCGGCUACACUACGCACUUGAUGAAGCGUAUUCAGCGUGGUCCUGUCCGCGGUAUCUCGUUCAAGCUCCAGGAGGAGGAGCGUGAGCGCAAGGAUCAAUACGUCCCCGAGGUCUCUGCUCUCGACUUCACCCAGAACUCCGAGAGCGGCCAGCUCGACGUCGACGUCGAGACCAAGGACCUCCUCAAGCACCUCGGCUUCGACGCCAUCCCCGUCAAUGUCAUCCCCGUCUCCCAGGCCCAGGCCCCCGAGCGUGGUGGCCGUCGCUUCGGCGACCGCCCCCCUCGCCGCGACUAAGCGUUGUUUGUUACGAUGGAUGGAAAAACUGGUGGACGAUACCAACUGGGAUCAGGCAUUCGGAAUAUUGCCGACGGCGUCUCGCGGACGGUAACACGGGCAUACUAGAACUCAAAGAGAAGUUCAUCCCCCA